AUGGGUGAAAGAGGAAUGGAAUUGCAAGUGAAUGAAACAGAGGAAAGUCAGAUGGAGAAGAAGAAUGAAGGGGAUGGUGGUGGCGGAGCUGGUGGUGGUUCUUUUGUGAAGUGGGAGAGGUUUCUUCCAAAAAUGGUUGUGAGGGUGUUGUUGGUGGAAGCUGAUGAUUCGACUAGGCAGAUUAUUGCUGCUCUUCUCCGGAAAUGCAGUUAUAGAGUUGCUGCUGUUCCAGAUGGUUUGAAAGCAUGGGAGGUAUUGAAAGAAAGACAUCGUAACAUAGACCUCGUAUUGACAGAAGUCGAGCUUCCAUCCAUCUCUGGAUAUGCACUUCUUACCUUAAUGAUGGAGCAUGAUAACUGCAAGAACAUUCCCGUAAUAAUGACGUCGUUGCACGAUUCUGUUAGCACAGUUUAUAAGUGCAUGUUGAGAGGUGCUGCUGAUUUUCUUGUCAAGCCUGUCAGGAGAAAUGAGCUAAGGAACUUGUGGCAGCAUGUCUGGAGGAGAAAAGCAUCAAGUGGCAGUGGCCUCGGGCCUCCAGAUGAAAGUAUUGCUCAACAAAAGGUUGAAGCCACAGCUGAAAACAAUGCUGUAAGCAACUAUUCAAGUGGUUAUAUGGCAUGCAUUCAGAUGAAUCGUGAAUGCAUUGAGAAAGGAAGCGAUGCUCAGAGCUCAUGCACAAAGCCUGAAGCGGACAUUGAAGGAGCAGAUACAGGACACAUACAGGGUUUCUCACAGAACAAGUGGAAAACCAGUCGUUCAAAUGACAUAAAUAUAUCGAUUCAAGAAAGAAAUCAGGUGGGCAACAGAUUUGUGUUGCCUGAUCAUGAUGGUCAAGGUACGCAGGCAGCUGCCAGCAUCGGUAAUGAUACAAUUCAUAAAGAGGAUAAAACUUCUGGUGAUUGUUGGGGACGUCUUAAUGUCAUUGGUCAAACUCCUGAAAGUGAUCAUGUCCUAUUGAAUUCUUCGAGAGAUGCCAUUGACUUAAUCGGAGCUUUUGAUAAUUACCUCAAAGGCACUUGUAAAAGUUUCAAUUUUAGUACUGGUGGAAACAAGAAUGAUCUUUUGCCCCUUUCGCCCCUCUUGGAUCUCUCUCUCCGAAGAUCUGAUCCUAGUUGCUCCGUGAAUCAAGUAACUGAUGAAAGGCCUAAAUUAAUCCAUUCCGAUGCAUCAGCUUUUUCUCGAUAUGUUAAUAAGACAUCACAGCCUCAUCACUCAACAUCGCCUAGCAACUGUAAUCAACAUAAAGACUAUGAAAUCAAUUCCAAUCACACCCUUGAUUACGAGUCGAACACACAUGUUCCGACGUUAAGCUCUCAGAAAUGCGUCUCUGUGGCUACAGUUGUACCAGCACAAGCCAAAAUCAGGCAUCCUUACACUGAGCAGAAAGUUGCACCUCUCCCGAUUCCAGUCCGAGGUUCAACGUUUGAAACUCUAGGUAACGCGUAUGGUUCUUCAAUAUCUCCAAUAUAUUGCCCACAAGUCCGUUCGUUUUAUCCAUCAAAUGAUCAAACUGGGGCGUCUCAACAGUUUCAUGAUCUGAUGGAUCAAAGAAUCAAUGAUGUCACUGAUCAGGGCAACAUCAAACAGGAGAAUACCUUGGAAACAUUUGAGGGACGAGGACAUAUAUCUUCCGCUACAGACCACAGUACAAAUAGCAGUUUCUGUAAUGGCACUGUAAAUCAUCUUUACAGCAUUGGAUCUGGAAGCCAUGUGGUCACGUCAAAUGAAGUGUGUGGGGAAUCACGACUAGUAUCAAAUCAAGAAGCGGGCAAAAUAAAUGCAGUUUCAGGUUUUAAGGCUACAACAGAGCGUGGAGAUGAAGUCAUCCUCCAUGAUGGAAACUCUCAUCCAUCUGUUCAAAGAGAAGCAGCACUAACAAAGUUCCGCUUGAAGAGGAAAGAAAGAUGCUAUGAGAAAAAGGUGAGAUAUGAGAGCAGAAAAAAACUUGCUGAACAACGUCCCCGGGUGAAAGGACAGUUUGUUCGUCAAGCUCAAAAUGAUCCGGCGCCUGGAAACUCAUCAGCUAGUUAG